GGAAAUGCAACGGUUCGUGCAACGGUUCCUGUUGGUGGUGUUGGCUAAAGCUACGUUGGUGUCAUCGUCUUCUCGGUGUUGAGGCUUGACAACAGCAACAACAAUCUUAAUUUCGUGCCCAGCCACGAACAGAAAUUCUCACUGGAGUUUCUGAAGAGAUGAACAGCACCGGGAAUAAGAGAGCUCCAACGACAGCCACUCAGAGACUUAAACAGGAUUACCUCAGGAUAAAGAAAGACCCAGUGCCUUACAUCUGUGCAGAACCUCUCCCCUCCAACAUCUUAGAAUGGCACUAUGUAGUCAGAGGUCCUGAGAAAACCCCGUAUGAAGGAGGAUAUUAUCACGGAAAACUCAUAUUUCCUCGGGAAUUUCCUUUUAAACCUCCAAGUAUUUAUAUGAUAACACCAAACGGAAGGUUCAAAUGUAACACGAGGUUAUGUUUGUCCAUCACAGACUUCCAUCCAGAUACGUGGAACCCUGCAUGGUCCGUCAGCACCAUCCUUACAGGUUUGCUCAGCUUCAUGGUGGAGAAAGGACCAACACUCGGCAGCAUUGAGACUUCAGACUACACAAAAAGACAGCUGUCGGCCCAAAGCCUGGCGUUUAACCUCAAAGACAAAGUAUUCUGUGAGUUGUUCCCAGAUGUAGUAGAAGAGAUUAAGCAAAAACAGAAAGUCCAAGAAGAGUUAAGCGCCCGCACACAGCCCCUCCCUUUACCAGAUGUGGUGCCUGAUGGAGACCCUCAACAAGCUCAUUACGGCCUCCCAGUCCUCAAUGGAGGACCCGUCCCUGUAGGGGGCGCCAACCCUGCCCCUGGCCUGCAGCAGGCCAAUCGCAACCAUGGACUUCUAGGCGGAGCUUUGGCCAACCUGUUUGUGAUUGUAGGUUUUGCUGCGUUCGCCUAUACAGUCAAGUAUGUUUUGAGGAGCAUAGCUCAGGAGUAAGAGGAGGUGCUCUCCUUCCUGCGAGUGAGCCUCCAAAAGACUAAACUUUACACAGUCAAUACCUGGAGGAGGAAUUCUCAGUCCUGAGUUAAAAUCCCUCCACAGCAACGUCUGCCGCCAUGGACCCCGCCAGAAAGAAGCUCAAAGCUCCCCCACCACAGCUGGACUGAGAGCAGGAGUUACGAUGUGGACGGGGUGGGAGCGGCUUUUUUUUUAAAAACAGUUGUUGUGAUCCACUUUUGCUUCAGUGAUUUAUAGAAUUCCUGGGAACAAUCUUGGCUCAUGGGUUAUAAAUGGGCAUAGACAAAAAAAAAAACACCCAAGCAAUGUCCAUCAUCUUAAAUAAGUCCAUAAGUUCUGGUCCUAGCAACUAAGAGGUGGAUUACAACUUUAAUUUAAAUGGUCAACACAACAUUAAUGAUAAAUUCAAUGUGACUAGAAAAAAAGAUUUCCCUUAAAAAUAAAAGCUGUCUCAUCUUUACUGAAAACAUUCUCCAUGUUCCACAAAAAAGGAGCUGCUUCCAUUAGUCAUGCAUUUCCAGCUCUGGCCACCCAACGGCAUAAUUCCAUCACUGGUUGGCUCUGAGUUUCUCUGGCAUACCUAUACCUUGAUCUUGCUGUGCUUACAUGCAAAGAUAGUCGCCACACCUGCUAUUAGUUUACCUCUCCGCAGGGUGUUGACAGAGACGGGGGAGUUACCAAGGAACGUGGCUCACUUUUAGAGACGGAGGGGGGGGUUACCAAGGAACCGCUUACAUAAUUCUUUUUUUUUUUGUUUUUUGCAACUAUUAGUAGAGAAAAACUCUUGUUUUUUUUUUAUCCAAAGUUUAUGCUAAAAAACUAAGAGGAAUGUUAUUGAUACAUUUAUGACCAACAGGUUCUGUAGUAAUCAAUGAGUUCUUACAUAAAUGUGCAGAGUAUCAAAACUGUGGGACCUCUGGGAGUUGUCUGCUUUCACAUCAUAUUUGCUUUGUCUAGUUUUUGCUCCAAUGCUUAUCAUUGGACUUUUAUCAUUGGGUUUAACGAGCAACCCAAUGAAACGAGUGUAUUGAUAACUGUACAUCUUUCUAUUAACAGCAAAACACUCAAGGCUCAUUGGGUUUAAUGUCUUGAUACAUUGUCAAAUUCCAGUAAGAGUCCUCCAGUCAACCCAUGAGCCAAGUGAAAUGUGCACAUAGGAGAGUUUUUUUGAAUCGAUUUAGUUGACCAGUAUACCGCCAGUCUAUCUAGGUCCAAAUAAGGAACCAACAUUAUUUCUGUUAAUCAAAAUUUUCUUUGAUUUUAUAUAUAUAUAUAUUUUUUUUCCCCCUUUUUUUUGUUCUCUUAUUUAUAGAAACUGCCAGCUGAUCAUGCGUUUCCAAAACACUCAGUAAAUAGACAAAGACCCAGGCUGUCAUUAUUUGCUGAUUAACUUUUGAAUUUAGAAUAAAUGGUUCUAUUGUUUAUCUAAAUGUGUUAGCGGAAAAAACGAUGAUUCUCUUCUUUUUCUUUGCACCUUCACAAACAAAGUCAAGUGAAGCUGAUAAUGGGGUGCAUUUGUGUAGUGACAACAAAUGGCCAAAUUUCCAUUGUUCAGUUAACCUUGUGUGAUGUUUUGAUAGUAAAUGCAAAUAAAUCCCUUGCUUGGCAGGGCGUUUAAUAAAUCUCCCUCUGAAUCUGCA